CGCCCUUCUUCUCACACAUCCACACACACAUUCAUCUCAUCCUUCAACCCCAACAACUACUACACAAAUCAUCUUUUCCUGUAUCUAUCUUCUUAGGUGCCAAAUUCUUACAUCAUGACUGUUGAAAAGGGAAACAAGAUCUUCAUCGCUGAGGGCGAUAUUGCCGCCAAUCCUGCCACUGUAAACUGGCAGCAGAACCUCUCCCAGAAGUCCGACAACUAUUACAUGGCCGUCUUCACGAACAAGGACAAAAGUAUUUAUGGACCACAAAUACCUGAUAGAUCACUUCUAAUUCUUGGUGACACAGACGAUGAGCAGAGCUACAUCUUCAUUCAGCAAGGCAAGCUCGACGCCUUGAAGGCCAAGUCUUCUGGUGAUUCCUUCACAAUCACGGUGGAUGAUUCCUUCCAGUACGGUCAAAAGAACAAGCAGGGAGAAGGACGUUUCCUGGUCUUCCACGACAAGUCUCGCAAUCCGUUCCAGUGGAGGUUUGUGUCAACCUUGUACUCCAAGUUGGGCAAUGGCGCUCUCGCAAUUAUCAGUCUGGCCCCACUCCCUGGGGGUGUUAAGGAUAUCGCCAAGUACUUUUCCGGACUCAUUGGCGAUCCUCUUCACAACUUUUAGAUGCGCUUAAGAGCGAUCAUCCGUACCGGCACUCUUUUAGAUAACGGGGCCUUUUUCUCAUCAACACAUUCGUUUGUCAGUCAGAAAUAGCAACAUCUAAAUCCGUUCCUUCUCUUCAAAUACUCUACCAUGAACGUGACCAUUGCUACUGAAACAUUGGAGUUAAUUGACGGAUAUCUGGUCUUGUGAGUCAACGAGAAUACAUGACCUAAAGGGCAUUGGGUGAUUAUUCUUGCCAUUUGCGCUCGUCUUGAUAUUCUGUUUGAG